AUGCUUCCUACAAGAUUGGAGGAAGGGAAGGACCCUGCUGCAAUAUCUACAUUAAGAGUCACACACUCUAGGCAAUUUCCUUUGAGGCUUUUGCAGUUUUUCUUACUCUUUCUGGUUAUUGGGAUUGGUGGUUCAUUUCUUAGCAUGUAUAUGAUUAGGCAUUUUGGUAUUCAUAAUGUGGCUUUUGUUCAAUCGUCGCUGGGUAAGCCUUGUUUUCAGAGGCCGGCGGUUGUGGAGAAUUGGUUUAAGGCUCCUUCUAGUUUGUUGCAUAGUAUGAAUGAUGCUGAGCUCUUCUGGAGAGCUUCUUUUGCUCCGAGGAUUCAGAGGUAUCCGUUUAAAAGAACUCCGAAAAUCGCGUUUAUGUUCUUGACUAAGGGACCUUUGCCAAUGGCACCACUUUGGGAGAGGUUCUUUAAGGGACACGAGAAGCUUUAUUCCAUCUAUGUUCAUUCGUUGCCGUCUUACAAUGCUGAUUUUCCACCAUCGUCGGUUUUUUAUCAAAGACAGAUCCCUAGCCAGGUGGCGGAAUGGGGAAUGAUGAGUAUGUGUGAUGCCGAAAGAAGGCUUCUAGCAAAUGCAUUGCUUGAUAUCUCGAAUGAAUGGUUUGUUCUUCUAUCCGAGGCCUGCAUCCCUCUCCAGAACUUCAGCAUUGUACACCGUUACUUGUCGCGGUCAAGGUAUAGCUUUAUGGGAGCAUUUGAUGAGCCUGGUCCUUACGGAAGAGGACGCUACGAAGAAAACAUGAAACCUGAAAUCAACCUGAGCGACUGGCGUAAAGGGUCUCAGUGGUUCGAAAUUAACCGCGAACUUGCAGUUAGGAUAGUUGAAGACAGUACUUACUAUCCAAAACUCAAAGAGUUCUGCGUCCCACACAAAUGCUAUGUCGAUGAACACUAUUUCCAGACAAUGUUAACCAUUAAUACUCCUCAUCUUCUGGCGAAUCGGAGCCUCACAUAUGUGGAUUGGUCAAGAGGCGGAGCUCACCCAGCUACAUUUGGGAAGAAUGACAUUAAAGAGGAAUUCUUCAAGAAAAUUUUGCAGGAUCAGACAUGUCUUUAUAAUAACCAGCCAACUUCACUUUGUUUCUUAUUUGCUAGAAAAUUUGCACCUAAUGCUUUAGGUCCUCUGUUAGAUUUAGCGCCGAAAGUUCUAGGAAUAGCAAAUUCGUCUCGCUUCUGA